AUGAGUGUUAAUUCAAAGUUGGAACAUAUUUCAUUAUUUUGUGAAAAAUAUCCACAAAUUGCAAAUUGUCUUAUGCUCGUUUAUCUUGAUUUAACUCUAGUUAAAUCAUGGUUCGAAGUUAAUGUUGAAGAGGUUGAACAAUUACAAAGAUGUAUUAUAAAGGGAAAACAAAAUCAAGAAUCAAUGUAUGAAAUAAUUUUACCUUGUUCAUCAGCGGAAGAAUGGUCAAUUGAUCGGGUUGAUGCGUUUUCUAUUUUCGAUGAUGAAGGCGAUUUUACGAAUGAAAUACCUCCAUCAUUUGAAACUAUGGCAUAUGACAUUGAAGGAAGAUAA